AUGCCAAUCUUUCGCUGGGCGUUGGCGGUGGGUGUUUCGGUGGACAAGGGAGUAGUGGGGGGAGGAAAUCAUGGCGAUGAGGAACGAACCUUGAUGGCGACGAGUGGUGGCAGGUCGGAAUCCGACGAGCGUCGGAGCAGAGAAACCGUGAUGAUAAUAGAGAAGAACUUGAAAUCGGUAAUGCUGAGUUUGAAACUGUGUCGAGUGGGUGAGUUGGGGAAGAGGAAGAAACGCAAGUCCACCAAUGGGUAUUACCCCCUGCACCUUCUUGGAGAGGUUGCCGCCGGUAUAAUUCCGUUCAACAUCUACAGUAUCCAGCAAAUUCUCUCAUCCGCCGCCACCUCUGAAGGCCGUUCAACACCCUGCACUUUCUGGUUCGAUUUUGUUGUUUUUUUGGGGCUAAAAUUUGUGUAUGAAUGUUAG